CACAUUUGACCUCCUUUUCCCUUUGACUUUGUGGCUGUGCUAUCUAGUGGAAACCAAUUUGUCUUCCAAAACGCGUGUUUUGCUUUGCACCCUGGGAUUGAUCCUCAAAACCAUGGCGUCCCGUGUCCUAGCGCAGUGUGUCCGCCAGCUCCCCCGCUCUUCCGUGAGACUCUCGUCGGGUAACAUUGCAGUGAGAACCGCAGCUGUCCCGGUCCUAUUCAACCCCCGACCGUUGUCCUUCAUUGCCAGCAGUCAGCGGACCCGGUGGAUCGAACAAACACGGAUCGCCAGCUCAGUGGGAGUGUUCUGUAGACAGUAUGGAGACCUGCCUCCCCUCACCAUUGAAAGCAUUAAAGAACGAGUCAUGUACGUCCUCAAGCUCUACGACAAGAUCAACCCAGAGAAGCUGGCGACGUCGUCCCACUUCCUGAAGGACCUGGGGUUAGACAGCUUGGACCAGGUAGAGAUCAUUAUGGCCAUGGAGGAUGAGUUUGGGUUUGAGAUCCCGGAUGUGGAGGCAGAGAAGCUGAUGUCUCCUCAGGAUAUCGUCCAGUACAUCGCUGACAAGAAGGACGUGUAUGAAUAAGAAUGAACCAGGAACUACUAACACGCCCAGAAGUCCUGAUGAUGCUGUCCGACUGGCUGGGCUGGGCAGCGUCUCCCUCCCCCGCCACCACUUCAUCAGUCCCUCCUCCUCCUCCUCCUCCGUUCUCUCUGUGGCAUCUGAUGCCUUUUGUCUUGUGUUCCACUGUAUUUAAUGAAAAUGUGUAUUUUCCUCCUGAGUUCAGGAGGUGAAAAAUAAACAUCACUUUUAUGGUUGGA